UAAGCGCCUUUCCCGGCUGUCGGAAGCUGCGGACUCGUCCCGGCUGUUGGGAUCCCUGGCGCGAUGUCGUCCGCAUACUCAGUCCGAUCCUUCCCAGUCAGCAUCCCUGCGGUGAUCAUGGAGACAGACUGGACAGAGCCGUGGCUCCUAGGACUCCUUGCCUUCCACCUGCUGUGCCUCCUUCUCACUUGCUUCUCCUCACAGAGGUAUAAGCUACAGAUCGGGCACUUCCUGUGUCUGGUAGUGUUAGUCUAUAGUGCCGAGUACAUCAACGAAGUGGCUGCAGUGAACUGGAGAUUGUUCUCAAAGUACCAGUACUUUGACUCCCGGGGGAUGUUCAUUUCUCUUGUGUUCUCAGCGCCACUGCUCUUCAACGCCAUGCUCAUUGUGAUUAUGUGGGUACGGAAGACUUUGACUGUGAUGACCGACCUGAAGACCUUACAAGAGGAAAGAAAGGAGAGGAGGAGGAGGAGGAAGGAAGAGUAAUGGUGAACUGCUGCUGUGCGCCAUGUUUGUCCUCUGACUUGCUUGUUUCCAGCUGGGAACUAACUGCACAUGGCCCAGAUGCCAAAUGUCAGCCGACUCAUGGUUUAGAAAAAGGUCCUUAUAGCUUAGCACACCACAACUGGUUCUUAUAGUUUACUCUGUUUGGAGCCCUCUUAAAGCUGGUUCUUAAAAGAACUGAUGGCAUCACCGAAACACGUUGGAUGGGGACCCCUCCUUUACAUGGGGAGAGCUUCCUGGUUCAGCCACUUUAUUCACAGCUUCUCACACGUUGCUGGUAGACCUCAUUAUGUAACUAGAGUUCACGAGGUUCUAAGUGUGGACACUGGGAAAUAAAGAGCCCCGAUCCUGCUGGGAUCACUACCUGCUCCCUCUUCUGUUUCUAGCCUGUAGCGGUGGCUAUCAGCUAAGGGUGGCUUUGUUCCCCAGGAACUUUGCUGAUGCUUGUCACCGCAGGUGGACAUGGUACUUGUGUCCAUAGGACAGAGCCGAGUCCUGCAGGGCACAGGACAGCCCCACCGUGGAGUAUUGCUGUGUACAUAAUGUCAGCAGUGCCCAGGCUGAGGGAGCGGUGGGUCAGGUCUGGGGAAGAAUGUGGUGUGUUUCAGUUCCCAUGAAGCUAGGCCUCUAAAUAAUUGAGUUGGGGCUAUGCCACUGGGAAUGUUUUGUUUAAAAAUAUUAAGCUAGAAUGAAAGCUGUAAAGUCAAGACUCCGUGGAAAAUAGUAUGUCAAAUGAACCGUUUGGUCUUGUUUUUUCUGGAUACAGAAUUAUAAAUACCUGCAUGCUCUGUGAAUGGCUUAUCUGUUUCUACCCAGACUGUGACAAGUGCAGACAGUUCUUCCCAAGUGUCACAUUUGUGCGGUUGGGGGCUGGCGAACACAGCAGGGUGUAUUGUCACCUGUGCCUCUGUUUUGUCAGACACCCUUGGUUUCCAUGGAAUCCGGAGCAAUAAACCUUUAGAGAUUUGAGGUGACAGAGACCCAGACUUAGAGACAGUAAGAAAUACACUCUUGGCUUUAGUUUAAAGAAAUAAUUUGUGAAGUAUUUUCUUUAUUUAAUAGGAUUUUUUCCUUUCUAAACAUUCUUCAAAGUUCUAAGCUAAAAUAAAAUCUAGUUAAAAAUAUUUAAAAGGUUAAAAGUAGAUCGUUUGAUAGACUACCGUUAUGUUCUGAAACCCAGUUAUAUAGUUUCUAAUGUUUAUCCAGCUUCCGGAUUUAACAGAAACCUACUCACUGUCUUGUGACAAUCUGAUCAUCCUGUGGUGUGAGUUUGCGGCUCCUGCUGCAGCACUUAACCUGCAUUGUGCACAGUCUCUUGAUUUGUUCCACUUCACAUUGAACAAAAAAGUGCCAAGGAAAAUAACACAGUGUUAAGUUCAGAUUUUGAAUUUAAAUCACACUGUUAAGUCGUGGACAUUGUGUCUAAAGGGAUACUUAAUUGUAUGUUUCUGAAGUUUUCUGGUUCAGGAUAUUUGAUCAUUUUAUGGUUACAAAGGUGCUUACUAUAACAUUGAUUAGUUUCAUAGAAAAUAAGAACAAAUUAGUCCGUUAGAUAAAUCUGAAACAACUGAGUGUCAGAUAGGCCUGGACUCACCAACUAGAUGUGUUCCCUUCAGGCCUUUGUGUCUGAGGCCAGUGGGGCAGAAUGGGGCAGAGAGCGGCUGCGAUGUCCGCGUUCUGGCAUAUGCCGGUAUUAAUACCUCAGCUUGUGUAACCAUGACCCUGACCGGCUUUCUUGCCUUGUUUCUGCACGUGUGGUUGUGGAUGCACAUGUGCUUCGUUUUUUCCAUAAUUAAAUGUUUAUGUUUUGUUUUGUAUUUUUAAACGCAAGUUUUGGAUUAGAGAGAUGGCUUCGUUGGCACUCUCCACCUGAGUUUGGUCUCCAGAGGAACUUAACAUUUGUUCCCAAGCAUUACACGCUAAGUCCCAUUGCUGGGAAAACCUGCCUGAUGGAAGGACGGAAGCGGCCACUACAGGUUGUCCUCUAACUGUAUGUGCACACAAAAUAAAGUGAUGCACGAGUCACUCCCGACCAACAGCACUUGAGGUGGCCCUCUGGCUUUCACACACACAUGUGUGCACACUGCUACACAUAUAGCAUCUACACAAAUGUUGUGUGUUUUCUGACAUUCACUCUGUGACUAAAAUUAUACUUGGAGGAACUUUUAAACAUUUUGCCCUGAUAUUAAGGAAAAUCCUGCAAGGUGCAACUAUGAACAAGCAGUUGGGUUCUGUGCUGCUUUGGGGAUUUUACGGGUUUGCCCAGUGCUGUGUUCACACUUCCGUAAAGGAAGGUUUACAGGCACUGAUGGACACAGUGAGCACUGAGUUUACUGAGUAGUUGUGGAAAGCUCUGGAAAGCCCUAAAAUAACCAUCUUAUACAUUCCAGUCUAUGAAACUUCAUGUUUGUUGAUUAUUAUGCAUUAAUAUACAAUAAACUAUGUUUGAUAAUA